AUGGCUCCGUUCCAGGCCGACGACAACGUCGUCUUUUUGUACCACUGUCUCCAAAACGCCGCUGGAAAGAUCGACUGGAAUGCGGUGGCCAUUGCGACAGGAUCGACCAGAGGAGCCGUGGAAAUGCGCUGGAGGCGACUCAAGAAGAAGAUCGAGGGCGACACUAACACUGGACAGCCUGCGACGCCAACACCAGUCCAACCUUCUCAAGGGCUGAAGACUAGCCCGAGAAAGAGGCAGAAUACCGGAACUCGUAAGCGCAAGAUGGAAGCUUCCGAUUAUGAAGAUGAUGCAGAUGGUACAGGACCUCCCCAAGUGGACGGUCAGGUUGAUCCCAAACCUUCCGCCCCUCUCAGUCGAACUCGGGGAAGGAAAUCGAAAUAUGAUAUCAAAGCUUGCUUGGCCAACGAUGAGGAUUCCAGCGAUAUCAAAUCUUCAGAAAGCGACGAGGAUUAUGUUACCAGCGCCAAAGCGAUCAAGUCUGAAGAUGAUGACCUGUUUAUGUUCGACUCCGGAGAUGAUCUGAAGCCGAAGGCAAAGCGAAACAAAACGUCGCCGCCAUUGCUCCCCAAGGUGCAGCUUCGCCAGGCUGAUGCUCGCGCCGGACGAUUACACAUUGGAAAUCUUCCUUUUGGAACCACGGAAAGUGACCUCAGACGGUUCUUCAAGGGAUUCAAUGUCGAGUCUGUCGCCACUUUUACCAAACCGCGUAACACACGUGAAACUGGCUAUGCCUUAGUCGACCUCAAGUCGUCUGAAGAUGCAGAAGAAGCUGUCCGAUCUCUAUCACCCAUGCAGCUCCGUGGAAGAAAGGUCACAAUAGGAGUUGACAGAAACUAUACGCCGAGAGCCACCACCAAACCGCCCAAUGCCCAUAAUCAACUUCAGACGGCCAUCGAGAAAGCGGCGCCACCCUCGAAUGCCAACAAUGUUCAACAAAAGCCACCUGCUGUACCCAAAGCGAAGGCUAAGUCUUGCAUGCAUCCCUCGGACAGACCCCUUCCAAGCAUCGAAUAUUCUCCACCAGCCACUCCGUUGAGUAGUGCCUUCACGAGCGAGAAGCAAGGAGUCGUCGAUGCGGAGAGCGAAAUCACUCUGCGGAUCCUGAAACCUGGGAUGGUUCUCACGCUGCCGCCUAAAAGUCGACCUCAGGUUUUGGACAACACCGCCGACUGGCCGGUCUCCAAGCAAGAUCUGCCAUUCUCUCUUAUCUCGGUCACGCCCUCCGUGUCUAUGAUGAGCCGGUCCACAACUACAGACUCUAUCGGCAAGAUGCUCCAGCAGGAUCUAGCUGACCAUGUCGAGAUCCGGCCCGAAGACAGCAUCUCCAACAUAGCUGUUCGUCCGGAACAGGAUUCUAACCCCGCGACUGUUACGCCCACAGGCAUCAUGACGAAUACAGUUCGAUUCUUCAAAGGACUUUUGGCUUCUCAAACGUAG